AUGAAAUGGCCCAAGUUCUUCAGCUGGAAAGUUGGAAAUUUCUAUGCUAAAGAGUGCAGAAGGGUGGGGUCAGAAUCUGUGUGGGGUCAGAGCCCUCUGUGGGGUCAGAGCUCUUUUUGGGGUCAGAGCCCUCUGUGGGGUCAGAGCUCUCUGUGGGGUCAGAGCCCUCUGUGGGGUCAGAGCUCUUUUUGGGGGUCAGAGCUCUCUGUGGGGUCAGAGCUCUCUGUGGGGUCAGAGCCCUCUGUGGAGUCAGAGCUCUUUUGGGGUCAGAGCUCUCUGUAGGGUCAGAGCCCUCUGUGGGGUCAGAGCUCUGUGGAGUCAGAGCUCUUUUUGGGGUCAGAGCUCUCUGUAGGGUCAGAGCUCUUUUUGGGGUCACAACCUAGCCCUCUGUGGUGUCAGAGCUCUCUAUGGGGUCAGAGCCCUCUAUGGGAUCAGAGCUCUUUUUGGGGUCACAGCCCCAUGUGGAUCCCGCUGUUGGACUCUGCCCUUUGUGGUCCCCAGACAAAUCCUGGAAAUCUCCCCUUUCCUGUGUGCAGGGCUCAACCAGCUCCACACAAUUAUAUUGAUGACUUUAUGAAUGGACAAGAACAAUAA